UAACUUUGAAGAACAGAUUUUCUUUUUGUUCACAUGUACCAAUCUACCAUGCUGAUGCAAAAGCUAAGCGGAGUCACUUUGCUGCUGUUGCUGUGUCAACAUGCAUGCUUCCUCUCUGCAAGUGAAAAUGCAAAACAAUCAGUGACCUGUGAAGGACGAUCUGCAUCCCUCAGUUGUGAAUCUGGACACAUACAUGUCCUUGGUGCCAACUAUGGACGGACUGAUGGCAAAACAUGCUCGGAUGGGAAACCACCUGGGCAGAUCUCAAAUGUUAAAUGCUCCUCAAAAACAACCCUCAAAAAGAUGACAGUUCGGUGUAAUGGGAAAAAAAGCUGUUCUGUUCAAGCAGUGAACUCAGUUUUCUCUGAUCCUUGUGUUGGGACCUAUAAAUACCUGCAAGUGUCUUAUGAGUGUCACACACCUAAGCAGCACAUAACUUGUGAAGGUAGCAAGAGUAACAUUACCUGUGAGAAGGGUGUUAUUUCUGUUCAUCAUGCCAACUAUGGACGGCGGAAUCUUUUAACCUGUCCUCAUGAAUCAGCAACUACAACACACUGUAACUCUGAUCAGACUGCCCGUUUGCGUUCCAGGUGCAACGGAAAGAAGUCUUGUCAUGUUGAAGCUUCCAAUUUGGCGUUGCAUGCUGAUCCAUGUAAAAAAGUCCAUAAGUACCUGGAAGUGAUGUACUCUUGCAAAAUCGCUUUAUCACAUGCAAUUUAUCGUCCAGCAUUUCUGCACAAGUCCAGAUUUGUUUUUGUUCAAAUGUUCCAAUCUACCAUGCUGGUGCAAAAGCUAAGCGGAAUCACUUUACUACUGUUGCUGUGUCAACAUGCAUGUUUCCUCUCUGCAAGUGGCAAUGCAAAACGAUCAGUGACCUGUGAAGGAGACUCUGCAUCCCUCAGCUGUGGCUCUAGAUUCAUAAAUGUCCUUCGUGCCAACUAUGGACGGACUAAUGGCAGAACUUGCUCUGCUGGGAAACCUCCUGGGCAGCUCUCAAAUGUUCACUGCUCCUCAGAAACAUCCCUCCAAACGAUGGCCACACAGUGUAAUGGAAAAAAAAGCUGUUCUGUUCAAGCAGUGAACUCCGUUUUCAAUGAUCCCUGUUUUGGGACCUAUAAAUACCUGGAAGUAUCUUAUGAAUGUCUCAAACCUAAGCAGCACAUAACUUGUGAAGGUUUCAGAGCUGACAUUACCUGUGGGAAAGGUGUUAUUUCCGUUUAUUAUGCCAAUUAUGGACGGCGGAAUCUUGCAACCUGUCCUCAUAAAUUCGCAACUUCAACCCACUGUAACUCUGAUCAGACUGCGCGUAUGCGUUCCAGGUGCAAUGGAAAGCAAUCUUGUCAUGUACAAGCUUCAAAUUCGGAGUUCUCUGAUCCAUGUGUAGGGAUCUAUAAGUACCUGGAAGUGACCUAUUCCUGCAUCCGAGUUUAGCUUGAUCUGCAUCAGAAGGUGAUUGAAAUGGCCUGGAAGAGCAGAAGCAGCGUCCUUUUCUUUAGCACACGAUUUCUGUUUCUCUCUUAAAUCUGCUUUGAAAUGGUUUCUUUCAAAAAGACUCCUACAAAUAAACUGCUGUUGACAUGAAA